AAUGGAGGUCCUCUGCAUAAAAUGGCUGCAGCUCUUAAGGGCAAAUGGCAAAGAAACUCAAGGUUUACACUUCAAGCACAUAUGGGUUGAUUUAUUUAACGUUUCUUUGUGGUGGUGUAAAAUUAUUGUUAUAUCCACAUACCAAAGAGAUGAUAUAUGGGAUAUAUAUGAAAUAAAGAAAUAAUGUCUCGUGCGUCAUUAAUGUGCGUGAGCUGUGAUCAUGACUGUGAUUCACGUGAAAUUUUGUGCUAUGCAUGAGAACACGGGAAAUGUUCAGCUUCGUUUGGUGUCUUACGCAUGUAUUUAGUCAUAAAGUCACAAAAUACUGACAUUUGUGUCAUUAGCAGGGAUUACUAAUUGAACGAGGCGGUGGAUGUUUCUCUGGAGGGUUGUUAAAGUGAGUGGAAUUUGUCUGCCUCCCCCAUCAGACACACCCUGUAUAAAACACUCGCAGCUCUGGGAGUCUGACAGAAGAGCUUGGAAAACACUGGAAAUCACUCCACACCCCCAUUUUCAGCCUUUAACAACGAUUCUCUGCUGGGAUGUCGCUGGUUGUGGUUCUCUGCCUGCUGGCUUGUGUUCACUCGGGCGUUGAUGCGUAUCCACGCAAGCCUGUCAGCCCCAAAGAAGGAGCACCCCCCGAGGAGAUGGCCAAAUACUACUCUGCGCUCAGACACUACAUCAACCUCAUUACAAGGCAGAGGUAUGGAAAAAGAGACAGUCCAGACACAAUGUUUUCUGAUGUGUUUGUGAAAGAGAGCACAGAGACUAUCCCCGGGUCCAGUGAUGUCAGGUAUGAUGAGCUGCCAAUGUGGUGAUGAUGCUGGAUUUGUUUACAUUUUUUUUUAUUUGGGGUUGACUUUCAAUGAUAAAACGUGUUGCAUGAAAUAUUGUAUUUAAUAAAGUACAUGUACUGUAUAUUGUAAAUAAUGCUUAUAUCCACGUCUUCUGGUGGUCCUACAGUAUUUGCAGUGUCCAUUACUAAGCAGUGCCCUCUAGUGGUAAAUUGCGGUACAAUGCUAUUUUGGUACUUCAGAAUGUGUUUUGCGUCUGGGACAAGAAUAAAAUAAAAAUAAAAUGAGCUGCUUUGUGAGUAAAAAAAAUAAAAUAAAAUAAAAUCAUUGCAUUCA